GAAAGUGCUGGUCCGAGAAAGUAAAGACUAAAGAAGCAGAGCCACGAGAGCAACACUGUGUUUGCGCUUCCGUUUUUUUUUUGUUUCCGAAGCAGAAAUCGAAACGGCAAUCGCAGAGCUCUUCAGUUCCUGCCAGCCUCACUUCAUCAGCGCGGAAUCGGUCAAUAAUCAGGGUCUCCGUUUGGGGAGGAUGACGACUCUCGGUAAGGAGCUGGUCUUCUUGAUCCUGCAGUUCCUUGAGGAAGAAGGUUUUAAAGAGGCUGCUCGAGUGCUCGAGCGGAGUAGCGGUUAUUUCUUCAAUAUGGAGCAUUUUGAGGAAUUGGUUCUAAAGGGGGACUGGGUUGGGGCUGAGAAGUAUCUUUCUGGGUUCACUAAGUUUGAGGAUAAUAAGUACUCAACCAAGAUCUAUUUUGAAAUGAGGAAGCAGAAUUUCCUCGAGUCAUUAGAUAACAAUGAUAGAGCCAAGGCAUUAGACAUCCUCUUCAAUGAUUUGAAAGUUUUUUCCUCGGAUAACAAGGAAUUGUACAACGAGAUGACACAGCUCUUGACCUUAAACAAUAUAAGGGAACAUGGGUCACUCUCAAUGUAUGGUGAUACUGAAACUGCAAGAACAAUUGUGGUGCAAGAACUCAAGAAAAUCAUCAGGGCGAAUCCCAUUUUUCAUGGAAAAGUGGAUUUUCCCAGCAUCAGAACUCAAAGGUUACGGCGUCUUAUUAACCAAAGCUUGAAUUGGCAGCAUUUACAAUGUAAAGAUCCCCAGCCAAAUCCUGAUAUAAGAACCCUUUUUGUGGAUCAUGUUUGUACACCUCCGCAUGAACAUAUUCCUUUCUUGUUGAAUGCUGUUAUUCCUAAGUGUGCAUCUGCCAGUGUGACUUCAACUGUUACUAACUCUGGGAUCUCUGGUGCCACCCUUUGCCCUGUGGCCACCACGGAUCAUCUUGAGACAGACGCUGCAUCCCAAAAAUCAUCAUAUCUCACAGCUGAUAGGGACACACAAAACGUUACUCCCUCUGGUCAAAGUUCUGUGGUUUCUCCUGUUGAUUUGCGUGAGAAUCAUACAGGAAACUCUGUGCUUGGGAGUCAUCGACUGACAAGCAUCACUGACUUUCCAAAGAAGGUCGUGAAAAUAUUGACUGAGGACUCAUCUCAAACAAGCAUGGACUUCCAUCCUGCUCAGCAUACUCUUCUACUAGUUGGAACUAGCACGGGAGACAUAAGUUUGUGGGAGGUCGCUUCUGGUCAAAAGUUGUUUGGAGGGAAUUUCAAGGUUUGGGAUAUAAGUGCAUGCACAAUGGCAUUCAAGACUGCUCUGCUUAAAGAUCCGCGAAUGUCUGUCAACCGCGCUGCUUGGAGUCCUGAUGGCUCUAUUUUUGGUGUUGCAUAUUCAAAACACAUAGUACAGAUGUAUGCUUACCAUGGUGGCAACGACGUGCGGCAGAAACUGGAAAUCGAUGCUCAUGUUGGUGGUGUCAAUGAUCUUGCAUUUGCUGCCCCUCAUAAACAACUUUUAGUCAUAACAUGUGGUGACGAUGGAGCAAUUCAGGCAUGGGACAUGACCACUGGUGGUAGAAUCUAUAAAUUUGAAGGCCACAAUGCAUCAGUUUAUUCACUCUGCCCCCGCACCAAGAACAACAUUCAUUUCUUCUUUUCCACUUCAGUGGAUGGAAACAUAAAAGCAUGGCUCUAUGAUGAUUUGGGACCUAGAGUCGAUUAUGAUGCCCCUGGUCGGGCUAGGACAUCAAUGGCUUACACUUCUGAUGGUCAAAGGCUUCUUUCUUGUGGAACCAGUAGUUCUGGAGAGUCAUUCCUUGUUGAAUGGGAUGAAAGUGAAGGAGCUAUCAAAAGAAGCUACCGAGGAUUGCAGAAGAGUUCUGCAGGUGCAGUUAAGUUUGAUAUAUUGAAGAACCAGUUUGUGGCUGCUGGGGAAGAAAAUGUAAUCAAGGUUUGGAAUUUGGACAAUGAUGAUGUUUUGACAACUAUUGAUGCCGAGGGAGGCUUACCUGAAAACCCACAAAUACGAUUCAAUAAGGAUGGAACCCUCUUGGCUGUUUAUGCAAAAGAAAACAAAAUCAAGGUCUUGGCAAGUGAUAGUGGUCUUCAGUUGCUUGGUAUAUGUGGAAGUGGUUCUCAAGGGUCUUCCAGAGUGGUUGGGGAGGAAGGAGACACAGUAAACAGGGAGGCUUUGAAUUUGAACCUUACUGAGGAAGAUAAUACAGGAAAAAGUAGGAAACCUUUUGAAUCCUACAGACGUUCUCAAUGCCAAAGCUUGUUACUGCCUUCUCAUGUGAAUGUAGAGAAGAUAUCAAGGUUGAUUUACGGGAGUGCAGGUAAUGCUGUUUUGGCAUUAGCAUCAAAUGGGAUUCAUUUGUUAUGGAAAUGGCCAGUUAAUGUUCUCAAUUUGACCGGGCAGGCAACUGCCAAAGUUCCUCCUGAACUAGUGAAACGAAGGAACUCCUCAACAACACUGAUGAAAAACGAACUUACUGCAAACCCUGAGGCUAUCCCAUGUUUUGCUUUGUCAAAGAAUGAUUGCUAUCUCAUAUCAUCAUCAGGAGGGAAAAUUUCCCUUUUCAACGUGCUAACAUUCAAGGUAAAAAAAAGAAACCAUAACCAAAACCACAUUGUAUUCACUCACUGGUAGAAUUUAAAACAUGCAAAACCAAUUAUUUUGCACUUUGCAUCGACUUCAUCAAAUCUGGGCUUCUUUUCUUGCUGUUAACACCCUUGGGCGAUAUCCAAAGACUAUGGUGUCUAUCACGCCUCCGUCCUCGGCAGCUACAUGUCUUGCUUUCCACCCCAUAGAUAACAACAUUGUUGCCAUAGGGAGGGCUGAUUCCACAAUUCUUACCUACAACGUCCGUCUCAACAAGACUGUUAGUGUACUGUCUGGUCAUACUGGAAGGAUCUCUGGGCUUGCCUUUUCAAACACUCUGAACAUGCUGGUGUCUACUGCAGCAGAUGCUCAGAUUAUUGUAUGGGAUGCUGAAAACUUUGCAAGACAAGGAAGCAGAAGAUUGCUGGAGUUUCCAGAUGGAGUGGAGUCAGAUACCAGUGUCCAAUUUCACCCUGACCAGACACAACUCCUUGUAGUACACAAGUCCUAUAUGGGAGUCCUGUCGGCCCACAACUUAGAAUGUGAUGCGAAGUGGAUUCCUGGAGAUUCCACCCCAAUUUCUGGGGCUACAUUUUCAUGUGACGGCCACAAAGUAUACGCUGGCUUUAUGGAUGGGACUGUGGGCAUAUUUGCUUCAUCAUCUCUCCAGUUGUUUUGUCAGAUUGCUCUUCACACUAUUCUUCCUUCUAGUUCAAGCUUGGAUGUUUAUCCUGCCUCCAUUGCAGCUCACCCGCAAAAGCCAGACCAGUUUGUAGUGGGACUAACAAGUGGUGAAGUCGUGGUGAUUGAGCCUCCAGGUCCAGGUACUGAAUGGUGGGUGGAUUGUUCAGAUGAUGCGGUUUGAGAAAGAAGCCAACUUCGUAGAACUCUCCCUUUAAUGUGUUAGACAAGAGAUCAGUUAUCUUGGUUAUUUGGCUUGCUUGGUAUAACCCACGGAGGGUGAUGAUUUGAGCUUUGUAACCAUAUCUUGUGGUCAUUUUGGUCCCAACUUCCUUCAUUUGCUUAGGCGGAUUUGCGUUAGUUGAUUUCUUCUUCUUCUUCUCCUCUAGUUGAAGACUGGGGCGAACCAACGUUUGUAGAUAAAAUAAGCACGCGCAAACAAGACAGUGUCGUCGAGGGAUUCAAACUUUUGAAAAGCAAUAGUAUAUCAAACCUCGUUGCCAUCCCGUCGAAA